CUCAGUUAGCUUCCAGAUCUUGUCCAGAAUGGGUGAGCCAAGUGGGAAGAGAAUGCUAUCGAUUCAGCACCUGUUGGUCCUUCUCCUGCUCCAGCUGCUCUCACCACUGGCGGCCAUCGAGUGGACGCUGCCGGAUGUCAUCGAUUCCAUUGGCAAUGUGGGCACCACCAUUGUGGAUCCCAGUUUGUUGCCCACACCUCAGGGAUUACUCGAAGGCUCCAAGCAGCUCAUUGCCGGGUAUCCCUUUGAGUUCGUCUCCAGUUCGCUGAGUGUGAUUUGCUCUCAGGCCUUGGCCUCCAAUAAAAUCAAGUCCAAGUUCAUGCCAGACAUCAAGAAAAUGAACUUUCAGCUGCAGACCGCUUGUACCAAGACCAAUUUCCCGUUGACCAAACCUGAGGAAAUGUGGAGGAGUCCCCUGUUUGAUCCCACGAAGAAGGUGGUCAUCCUGGCCACAGGAUGGACCACCACAGUGAAUGGAUCCGAUACAAUUGAUUUCUUCUCAAAGGCCUACAACUGUCGUGGAGAUGUCAACUUUGUGGCCGUAGAUGCUGCUCGGUUUGUGGAUACCCUGUACACCUGGUCGGCCUUCAAUACGGAGGAAAUUGGCGAGAAUAUAGCCCUGGGCCUGGUUAAGCUCUUGGACCUAAUGCCCGUAUCGAAUAUCCAUCUGAUUGGCCAUAGUUUGGGUGCACAUAUUGUGGGAUCUGCUGGGCGACACCUCCAUCGUCUUACUGGACAAACUAUACCCAGGAUCACCGGUUUGGAUCCUGCCAAGCCUUGCUUCAACGAAGGCGAAGUCCUGUCUGGUUUAUUGCGUGGCGAUGCCGAUUUCAUUGAUGUAAUCCAUAGCAAUUCCGGUGUUCUGGGCAAAAGGGAUCCCCUUGGAGAUGCGGACUUUUAUCCAGGUGGAUUGGAUCCCUUGCCCGCAGGCUGCUUCUCGGUUGUCUGUGCCCAUGCCAGAUCCUGGCAAUACUUUGCGGAGACUGUGUAUCCCGGAAAUGAGCGCAAUUUCUUGGCCACUCGCUGCAGUUCCCUGACUCGCCUCCGGGAUUUCCGCUGUUCCGGCGAAGAGGUGCCCAUGGGUUAUGCUGUGCCCCGGAAUCUCAAGGGCAACUUCUUCCUGGAGGUUAGUGCCACCUCACCCUUUGGCAUCCGUGCCUCCAUUGUGCGAUCGAGCCACCUAGAGGAAUGUGGUUUGUGUCCCAAUGGCACCUCGAGCACCACCCCCGAACCGAUCACCUCAACCACGGCCAAGUCGGGAUCCUUGUUUGGUCUUGGCUAGAGUUGACGAUUUUCCUAUGGGUUUUGUUUUUUAUCGGUGGAUUGUUCCGUUCCGAUUUACA